UCCUCCUCCUCCACCUCCUUCCCCUUCCUUCGACAGGCUCCGACAUGCAACGAUCUAUGAGAAAAGAAAGAAACCAGCCCAGCCCGCGCGAACAAUCCAACCUCCCAGAGUCCGCGGAACCGGAACGAAGCGCUUCGGAGGAACCCCAAAUGCCUCUUUGCAGGGAGAGGAUUGAGGGGAGGAAGAAAAUAAAAUCAAACUUUGCUUUGCUUUGCAUUGCGGCGGAAUUUCUUUUUCGCUUCGAUCUGCUGCGGGAAAGGGCAGAUGGUCAGGGAGGCAGAUGUCCGGGGAGGCAGAUGGUCAGGGAGUGAGUGAGGGAGGGGGAGGUUUUCAUGGGUUUGGAGGUUUGGAUAGAAAGGCAGGCAGACAGGCAGGCAGUAGGAACGAAUUUUUGGAUUUGGCCAUUCCUUCUCUUCCCUUUUCUUGGGAUUUCGCCUGCGGAUUUUCCGCGCCGGAGAGGUCAGAUGAUGCGUACGCUAUAAGCUCCGCGCCCCGCAUCUUCCUUCUUUACACUCUCUCCGAUGGUGGAGGAAUAGGAAUAGGACCAAGGUGGACGGACGGGCGAACGCGGGACGUGAGAGAGAGAGAGAGAGAGAGAGAGAGAGAGAGAGAGAGAGAGAGAGAAAACCAAUGGAUUGCGCCAUGACGGGAACGAAGCCCGUUGUAUGCAGGAUUUGGUGGAAAGUUGCUGAGUAAA